CAGUGAGAAGACACUUAGAGGGACUUGACUCUCCUCUUCGUGCACUCCAUCGCUCUGCCGAAUCUCUCCGUCUGCUCCUCUUUUCUCUGUGAAUCCUUCCCUUUGAGUGGGAAUAAAACCAGACAUUGCAAUGUCUUCGAGAAGUAUCAUCUCCAGUGGUGGAGGCUCCAGGAUGAGCAUUGGUGGCUAUGGGGGCAGUGGUGGUGGUGGCAGUUUUGGUGGAGGCAGCUAUAUCGGCUACGGUUUUGGCAGUGGUGGUGGAGGAGGUGGAGGAGGCAUGGGAGGGACCAUCUCAAACGUCCAGGUUAAUGCCAACCUGCUGGCCCCCAUGCAAAUCUCCAUCGACCCCAACAUUCAGACGGUCCGAACCCAAGAGAAAGAAGAGAUCAAGACUCUAAACAACCGCUUUGCCAGCUUCAUUGACAAGGUUCGCUUCCUGGAGCAGCAGAACAAAAUGCUGGAGACCAAGUGGAGCCUGCUGCAGGAGCAGACCACCACCCGCUCCAACAUUGACGCCAUGUUCGAGGCCUACAUCGCCAACCUGCGCAGGCAGCUGGAUGGGCUUGGCAACGAGAAGAUGAAGCUGGAGGGAGAGCUGAGGAACAUGCAGGGCCUGGUGGAGGACUUCAAAAACAAAUAUGAAGAUGAAAUUAACAAGCGUGCCAGCGUGGAGAAUGAGUUUGUUCUCCUCAAGAAGGAUGUAGAUGGCGCCUACAUGAACAAGGUUGAGCUGGAAGCCAAGGUUGACUCUCUGCAGGAUGAGAUUAACUUCCUCAGAGCUGUCUACGAGGCGGAACUGCGUGAGCUCCAGGGACAGAUCAAGGACACCUCAGUCGUCGUGGAGAUGGACAACACCCGCAACCUGGACAUGGACUCCAUUGUGGCUGAAGUCAAAGCUCAGUAUGAGGCCGUUGCUAAUGCCAAUCGUAAAGAGACCGAACAGUGGUAUCAGCAGAAGUACCAGGAGAUGGAGUUGAACGCGGGGCAGGCCGGAGAUGACCUCCGCAGCUCCAAGACCGAGAUCGCUGAGCUCAACCGCAUGAUUAGCCGCCUCCAGAAUGAGAUCGAGUCUGUCAAGGGACAGCGCGGCAACCUGGAGGCCCAGAUUGCUGAGGCAGAGGAGCGCGGUGAGCUGGCCGUAAAGGACGCCAAGGCCCGCAUCAGGGACCUGGAAGAAGCCCUGCAGAGAGCCAAGCAGGACAUGACCCGCCAGGUCCGCGAGUACCAGGACCUGAUGAACAUCAAGCUGGCUCUGGACAUUGAAAUCGCCACAUACAGGAAACUGCUGGAGGGAGAGGAGGACAGAAUUACCUCGGGCGGUGGAUCUUCAACCAUCCACAUACAGAGCUCCAGUUCUGGCGGUGGAGGCGGCGGCGGCGGCUUCGGCGGCGGCGGCUUCGGCGGCGGCUUUAGCAGUGGAGGCGGCGGAGGCGGCUACGGCAGUGGCGGCGGAGGCUACGGCAGCAGCUUUGGCGGUGGCGGAGGUGCCAGCUUUGGCGGCGGCUAUGGCGGCGGCAGUAUGAGCGGUGGUGGCAGCUAUGGCGGCGGCUAUAGCAAGAGUGGCGGCGGGGGUGGUGUCAGCAUCAUAUCGAAAGUGAGCAGCUCCAGCACGUCAUCACGUCGUCAUUAACUCCCUCCCUCCCUCCUCGUCUUCUGCCCUUAUUUUGUCCUCAUGUUCCACUCCCCUUCUCCCUUACAACCAAUCAUAAAAGCCUUCAAAUAUCUCUGACACCUCACUCCCUGGAUACAUAGCAAUCUCAGCCACACCAACAUUUGACCAUUGGCAAGCAGGCAGAUCCAUGUAAUGGAACAUUUUUACUUUGUUGCUCCUCCCUCUGACACCACUUACUUGCAGAGAGUUAAGUCGAGGCAGAGUAAUUAGUUUACUAGAAACAAAGAGCAGAAGAAAUUGGAGUCAGCCUGGCUUUCUUUUGGUUGCUGGAUAUGCUGUCAUGCAGACAAGAGGAUACUUGUAGUGCCAUGACAGAGAAUCCUCAAACGGCACACAAAAUGUUCAUGGCAGUUCUUCAGAUUUGCACAGAAGGAGGUCCGGACAGUGGCAAUUUUGCAUUUAAGAAGAACAUAUGGCAUAACCCCUCUUUCCUGGAAAGUCUCUUCUGUUGUAUGAUAUCUGUGGUUUUGUUGUGCAUUUUGAUUUCAACAUCAUAAGAAGCUAUAUGCAACACUCUCUUAUCUGUUUCUGUGGGAUGCUGUUUUCCUUCUCCUGUUCUGGGAGAAAAACUGAAAAAAAGAACUUGGAUUAGGCUGACUGGAAGAACCAGAACUAUUGUGAAACUUGUAACAUCAAAAUGUUUGCAAUAAAUCUGACUUCAUAUUCA